AUGGCCGCGGACGUGGAGCAGCGGCUGGGCAGCCUCACCGUCUUCACUCGCGACGACUUCGACGGCGACUGGCGCCAAGUGGCCAGCGGCGGCUUCGGCCAGGUGUUCCAGGUGCGGCACAAGCGCUGGCGGACCCAGUACGCCAUCAAGUGCUCCCCCUGCCUCCUGCCAGAUGCCACCAGCUCUGAUGUGAAUUGCCUCAUUGAAGAAGCAGCCAAAAUGGAAAAGAUCAAGUUUCAGCACAUCGUGUCCAUCUAUGGGGUGUGCAAGCAGCCCCUGGGCAUCGUGAUGGAGUUCAUGGCCAGUGGAUCCCUGGAGAAGAUGCUGCCCACACACAGCCUCAGCUGGCAGCUCAAGUUCCGCAUCAUCCACGAGACCAGCCUGGCCAUGAAUUUUCUCCACAGCAUUAAGCCGCCUCUGCUCCACCUGGACCUCAAGCCAGGUAACAUUCUCCUGGACAGCAACAUGCAUGUCAAGAUUUCGGACUUUGGCCUGUCCAAGUGGAUGGAACAGUCGACCCGGAUGCAGUACAUCGAGAGGUCGGCUCUGCGGGGCACCCUAAGCUACAUCCCCCCUGAGAUGUUCCUGGAGAGUAAUAAGGCGCCAGGCCCCAAGUAUGACGUGUACAGCUUCGGGAUUGUCAUCUGGGAGCUCCUCACUCAGAAGAAACUGUAUUCAGGCUUCGGCAUGAUGACCAUCAUCAUCCGAGUGGCCACAGGCAUGCGGCCCUCCCUGCAGCCUGUCUCUGAUGAGUGGCCAGGCGAGGCCCAGCAGAUGGUGGACCUGAUGAAGCGCUGUUGGGACCAGGACCCCAAGAAGAGGCCGUGCUUUCCAGACAUCACAGUGGAGACAGACAUGCUGCUGUCCCUGCUCCAGAGCGCUGUGGCAGACCCAGAGAGCGAGGCCCUGGCCAGGAAGGUGUCCUGCAAGCCGUCUCUGCGCCGGCCCUGGGAGGUCAGUGAGGAGGUCAGCCAGGAGCUAACAGACAGCGGUGACUCAGGAGACUACUUGAAGCGGGUCCUGCAUCUCUCGGACAGUGGGAGCCUGGUCCCAAGCGAUGAGGAGCUGCGCAUCUACGAGAACAAGGUCACUCCCCUCCACUUCCUGGUGGCGCAGGGCAGCGUGGAGCAGGUGAAGCUGCUGCUGGCCCACGAGGUCGACGUGGACUGCCAGACAGCCUGCAGCUACACGCCCCUCCUCAUCGCUGCCCAGGACCAGCAGCCCGACCUCUGCACCCUGCUCCUGGAGCACGGCGCCAGCGCCAACUUGGCGGAUGAGGACGGCUGGGCCCCGCUACACUUUGCAGCCCAGAAUGGGGACGACCGCACUGCCCGCCUGCUCCUGGACCACGGGGCCCACGUGGAUGCCCAGGAGCAUGAGGGGUGGACUCCACUCCACCUGGCUGCACAGAACAACUUUGAGAAUGUCGCACGGCUUCUGGUCUCCCGUCAAGCUGACCCGAACCUGAGUGAGGCUGAGGGCAAGACCCCCCUCCAUGUGGCUGCCUACUUUGGCCACAUCAGCCUGGUCAAGCUGUUGACAGGCCAGGGGGCUGUGUUGGAUGCUCGGCAGAGAAACCUGAGGACACCACUGCACCUGGCGGUGGAGCGAGGCAAAGUGAGGGCCAUCCAACACCUUUUGAAGAGUGGGGCAGCCCCUGAUGCCCUUGACCAGAGCGGCUACAGCCCACUGCACAUCGCGGCUGCCAGGGGCAAGUACCUUAUCUGCAAGAUGCUGCUCAGGUAUGGGGCCAGCCUCGAGCUGCCAACCCAGCAGGGCUGGACGCCCCUGCAUCUAGCAGCCUACAAGGGCCACCUGGAGAUCAUCCACCUGCUGGCUGAGAGCCACGCAGACUUAGGGGCUCCUGGAGGCAUGAACUGGACCCCCCUACAUCUGGCUGCCCGCCAUGGGGAGGAGGCGGUGGUGUCAGCGCUGCUGCAAUGUGGGGCUGACCCCAAUGCUGCCGAGCAGUCAGGCUGGACACCCCUCCACCUGGCGGUCCAGAGGGGCGCCUUCCUGAGCGUCAGCAACCUUCUGGAGCACCACGCAGAUGUCCAUGCUUGCAACAAGGUGGGCUGGACACCUGCCCACUUGGCUGCCCUCAAGGGCAACAUGGCCAUCCUCAGAGUGCUGGUCAAAGCUGGUGCCCAGCUGGACAUCCAGGAUGGGAUGGGCUGCACACCCCUGCAGCUGGCCCUCCGGAGCCAAAAGCAGGGCAUCAUCUCCUUCCUUGAGGACAGGGAACCCUCAUCAGCCGUUCUGGGCAGUGCUGAGCCUGGAGCCCAGAUGGAAGUUUAG